ACAUCCCUUGCAGAGAAACUGCUGUACUCGGCUGGAAGGCUGAAAAACUUUAAAUAGCAGAGAAGCCUCUUUGGAGCUGAGAGUUGUUCGCUUGGAGCAGGCAGGGAGUCGAGAUGAAUUUCCUUCCGAGUUUAUCCCUAGAAACCUGGCUUUUACUCAUUGCCUUCAUGAGCCUCUUGAUGCUUUAUGGGAUCUGGCCAUACCGAUUCUUUAAGAAGCUGGGUAUUCCUGGGCCAAGGCCUCUGCCUUUCAUCGGAACGUUCCACGAAUACCGGAAUGGAAUUCUGGAUUUUGACAAGAAGUGUUUCCAGAAAUAUGGUAAAAUUUGGGGAUUUUUUGAUGGCAGGCAGCCAGUCCUGGCUAUUCUGGACCCUGUAAUCAUCAAAACCAUCCUGGUGAAAGAGUGCUAUACCGUCUUUACCAAUCGUCGGGUCUUUGGUCUAAGUGGAGAUUUGGAGUCUGCCCUUACAAUAGCCACAGAUGAGCAGUGGAAGAGGAUUCGCACUGUGCUCUCUCCGACAUUCACCAGCGGGAAGCUAAAGGAGAUGUUUCCUAUCAUGAAUCGCUAUGGAGAGAUUUUAGUGAAAAACAUCCAGAAGAAAGUGGAUAACGACGAGUCCCUGGAAAUGAAGAGCAUCUUCGGCGCCUACAGCUUGGAUGUGGUGGCCAGCACUUCAUUUAGUGUGAACAUAGACUCUAUGAACAACCCCAACGACCCCCUUGUCGCCUACAUCAAGAAGUAUCUCUCAUUCAAUUUCUUUAGCCCACUGCUCCUCUCAGUAGUGAUGUUCCCCUUCCUCACUCCAGUGCUGGAUAAGAUGAACGUGAGUCUGUUUCCCUCGGCCUUCCUGGAUUUUUUCCUCAACAUCAUCAAGCGCAUCAAGAAGGAGCGGCAGAAGAAUGACCACUCGGUCCGGGUGGAUUUCCUGCAGCUGAUGGUUGACUCACAGAGCUCAGAUGGCAGCUCUGAACCUAAUGAGAAGACACACUCCUAUAAAGCUCUGUCUGACAAGGAGAUUAUGGCGCAGGCCCUUGUCUUUAUCUUAGCUGGUUAUGAGACCACUAGCUCCACCCUCAACUUCCUCUCAUAUAACCUGGCCACUCACCCUGAUGUGCAGCAGAGACUGCAGGAGGAGAUUGAUGCCGCUCUUCCCAACAAGGCUGCUCCCACCUACGACGCCAUCCUGCAGAUGGAGUAUCUCGACAUGGUGGUGAAUGAAACCCUCAGGCUCUUCCCCGCAGGUGGGCGGAUUGAAAGAGUCUGCAAGAAAAGCAUUGAGAUAAAUGGAGUGACCAUUCCAAAAGGCACCGUGACAAUGAUCCCAGCCUACGUGCUGCAUCAGGACCCGGAACACUGGCCAGAGCCAGAAGAGUUCAGGCCCGAGAGGUUCAGUAAAGAGAACAGAGAGAGCAUUGACCCCUACAUUUUCCUGCCCUUUGGAGCUGGUCCCAGGAACUGCAUUGGAAUGAGGUUUGCUCUUCUCAGCCUGAAAGUGGCCAUGAUUGUGCUGUUGCAAAGAUUUUCCUUCAGAACCUGCAAAGACACCUUGAUCCCUCUGGUGCUGGACACGAAGGGUUUUUUGCAACCCAAGAAGCCAAUCAUUCUGAAGAUGGUCCCCAGAACCCAUGUCGAUCCAGAGGAGUAAAAGAAUUUUGCAGCAGAUCAGAGGCUGUUGCCAGUUGCUCCUUCCACCUGACUCGUCUCUCUAUAAAUCACAUGAGAAUAGGAAUGAGCCGUGUAAAACUGUAUAGAGAAUGCAAAAGCAAUAUCUAGAAAAAGCCCCAGCUGUCGUGAAAGCAGGGCCUUGUGAAUAUAUAGCAUACCACAUUUUAAUAGGAGAUUGUGGAUGGCUUUUCUAGCAAACAAACCUACACAAAAUACAGGGUGAGCAGAGUUCAUUUAUAAGCAAUAACAGAGACCCUGGCCUGUUUCUCAUUUAUACCAAGACCCCGUUACACUGUUCGGACAGUCUAAAGGGACCUUUAAGGGUAUGCACCCGCUUUCAGGCCUCCUUACUCUGCCAGAGCAGGGCUUAGCAUAAAUGAGAAUCAGGCCUCUGGCGUUGGGACAAAAACUGUGUCACCUCCCAUCUGGCUAGACUGAGCCAAAGUUGAGGUUGUUAUGACUCUGUAUAAAAAUCACAUGCCCUAGGGUAUUUUACAUUGCCGUGUGGGUAGACAUACCUGAGCUAGCUUUAAUCUCACUAGCAGUGAAACCAGAACCACCCAGGCUGUACAACCACACCUGGGGACACUAGGUAUGUACUCAAGCAGCUAGCCUGUGCUGCUGGGGCUUCAUUAUUUCAUUUGAGCUAGUUCAAAGCAAGCUCAGCUAUGAUUACAUCUACGUUGUAGUCAAAAGUGUGUACUCUUAGUCUAUGCUAUGGACACUACAAUGGCAUGGCUGCAACUACACCACUGUAGCAUCAUAAUGUAGACGCUUCUGACAUCAAUGGAAAGGGUUUUUCUGUCAAUGUGGGAGGUAGUCCACCUCCCCGAGAGGGAGUGUGGCUGAAACCUGACAUGAGUGAUUAAUACAUGGAGGGGAAGGCCCCAUUCUUUGGAAGGUAGCAUUAGGAAGGUAAUGAAUCAUCAGGCUCAAAACAGGACAUUUGUGCUAAAUAAGAUAAGUAAAUAGGUUAGUAGGUUAAAAAAGACAGAAUGUCAGAGCCAGCUAAGAGAAGAGGGAGAACAGGAACUAUUUACUAUGAACUAGAUAGCAAGGGACAAUUAAGUUAGAAAUGUAGAAAUAAGAUAGAGGAAGUCAAAACAUAUGCAGCAUAUGGACAGAUGCACGUGGUACAGGGAUUGGUCCCGGAGGGAGCUAGGUUGAUGGAGGAAUUCUUCCAUCUGCCAAGCCAUGUCUACACUGGAGUUUAGGAUGGCCUAACCAUAGUGCUCAGAGGUGCUCAGGAAUUUUUCACACCCCUGAGCUCCAUAGCUAGGUCGAUCUACCUUUUAAGUGUAAACCAGGCAUCAGAUGUCAAAGACCCUACUGCCCUCAAUGGCCAGGGGCGGCUCCAGGCACCAGCACGCCAAGCGCGUGCUUGGGGCGGCAAGCCGCGGGGGGUGCUCUGCCGGUCGCCAUGAGGGCGGCAGGCAGGCUGCCUUCGGCGGCAUGCCUGCAGA